AUGGACUGCGUUGUGACGGGCGGAAUGGUGAAAGUGUUGGCCAAAGCUAUCCACUCCUUGUCCAGAAUUGGCGACGAGCUCUACGUUGAGUCGCAGCAAGAUGGGCUAGCCCUGCGAUCUGUGAACUCCUCUCGGUCAGCUUACGGUUGCUUCCUGUUUACACCUCUCUUCUUCAGCAGGUACACCAACCCCAAUGGGCAUCAUUUCCGCUGCAAGAUGGCAAUAAAGAGUGUUCAGUCAGUGUUCAAGUCACUAUCAUCUUUGGAGAAGACGGUGGAAAAGUGUCACAUCAAGCUGGACGAGAAAAAAGAUCGCCUUACUUUCACACUGCAUUGCAAACAUGGUCUCUUGAAGACUCACAACCUGUCAUUCCAGGACAGUGAGAGCUUACAGGCUGUGUUUGAUAAGGACAGUUGCAGGAAUGUAUUUCGAGCCAUUCCAAGGUUGCUUGUGGACACAGUUGCGCAUUUCCCGCCAUCUCUGGAGGAAGUGACCCUUUCAGUCAGUGAUGAACGAAUGUGGCUCAGGAGUCAUGUGGACGAGGACUUAGCGCAGUCCAAGGCUAUGCUAACCGAACUGUUUCUAGCUUCGGACGAAUUUGAACAUUUUGCUGUCCAAGCUCACAUCAGCAUCACCUUCUGUCUAAAGGAGCUACGGGGUAUGCUACCUUUUGCCGAGACUGUCGGUCUUCCUAUUUCUAUGUACUUUGAUGAGCCGGGCAGCCCUUUGGUGCUCUCUGUAUCAGACACCGUCAUGGAGGGAAACUUUGUUCUGGCCACACUUUUGGACGAUAACAGAAACCAGACAAGAAGGGGGCACAGUCCCCCAGCUGCCCCAUCUGACGACUUGAUGAAAGAUGACAUGGAUUCCUACCUCAUCGCCAUGGAUACCAGUAUCUCCCCGGGUCCAUCUGCACCUGAAUCCAUAAAUUCAAUACGACAUUCAGUAGUAAAUCACAGGACCAGCCUGCCCAGUGAAGAGGAUGAAGAGGAGGAAAUGGCAGAAAAAGAUGGGCCACCAAAUAAGAAGUUCUGUUCGUUGUUGUUCGGAUCGGUGCUUCCCCCGUCGUCUCAAAUGAGCACUCAGCCGAAGAGCAACCAGGAAGUACUCGCCAGUGACAGUGAGGACGACACACAAAUAUAG